AUGCGCGGAGCCACCAUGGUGUUGCUGUUGCCGAUGCUAGUGUGGGCAGGGUCCGAAUGUAAGGCUCGCUGUCAGCUUACCAACAUCUCCAUCACCGUGGAGAGCGAUGAGUGCGGCAGCUGCAUCACCAUCAACACCACGGCCUGCUCUGGCCUCUGCCAAACCGAGGAGAGAGCGUACCGCAGCCCAAUGGCACCAUAUUUCCAGAACACCUGCAACUUCAGGGAUUGGACGUACGAGACUGUCCAGCUGCCAGGCUGUGCUCCGGGCUUAGAAUCGUCCUUCACUUACCCUGUUGCUUUAAGCUGUGAGUGCAGUCAGUGUAACACCGAGAUUUCAGACUGCGGUGCAUUUAGCAUGCAGCCAAGUAGCUGCCACACACAGGCCUACUAUUGAACCAAGUCUUAUUACCUCAGCCAACAGCUUGUAGCCCUUGUAGCGAUCUGAACCAAUUUCAGCAUCUUAAUAUUAUUUAGAAAAUCUUGUGUAACAAUAGUAAUAUAAUGAAUAAUAUAAAUAACAAUUGUCCUUUAAUGAUUUUUUUUCUUACCAUUAUUGUGCAGACACAAAUCUACAAAACUUGCAUGUAUAAUGGAGGGAAAAACCCCUGACACACAAUGAAAAUGUUAUACUACAAAUUAGAUACAGGCCUUCUGUGUUUGUCUUUGUGACCCUGAUUAUUAUGGACACAAUAUGCUAUUGCUCAGCAACACCUGAGCAUGUAAAGACUGCUUCAU